AUGGCUGCCGAAGCGGUCAAUUUCCUAGACUGGGCAUCAAGUCAAGGGGUAUCAUUUUGGGAAGUUAUGGCGCGAAAUUUUACUCAUCCCGGUCCAUUUGGACCAAAUCAAAUUAACAAAAGUUCGCAAAUUGCACCACAAAAUAAUCGUCUUGAUAUGCUGCUGUCAUCUACGCAAUUUGGAUUACUCUCUGGGCUAGUGCUGUUCCUGUUUGUAAGACACAAAGUAUCGAGAUGGAGAGAAGACUUCCACAAUCUGAAGCUAACCAAUUGCUUAAAUUUACGCCGUGCUACAUAUACAUUCUUAACAUUCAUCGAGUUUUUAGUUCUUUCACCAUUCUUGUUCGCCAUCCUUUUCACAUUUUAUGUAUACCGCGUGGCAGUAGCAAUUGUAUUAAAACGGCGCCAUAAGAAACAUUUCAAAGGAUUGCUCGACGGUGCAGACGUUGUGUGGGCCAUUGAAGAUCAAAAUUCACGUGGUAUGAUCAACAUAAUGGCAUACGUAGAAGAGCCGUUAGUGAGCUGGUCUUCCGUCGACGACUCCAUGAGUGCAGAUAUUCUACUAACUUUACGCAAACGCAUAUCAUCGCGCCUUAUGCGUAAUUAUCAGCCGUAUCCAAAAAUGUUUUGGAAGCGCAACGUUGAGCUUGGCUACUAUUUUUGGUCCGACCAGUCUGACCUAUCCAUGGAAGAUUACAUACGAUACAUGGAUAAUAUUCCUCUUGCUAGUGGUGAACGUCACAUCGAUGAACGACAGUUAAGAAGUUUGAUAAGUUCCAUAAACAAUCGACAUCUUCCAGCAAAUCAUACGUCUUCAUGGGAAGUUCUUGUUGGAAGACAACCAUUGCUCAAUGCUGGACAAACAAUUCUUAAAUAUCCGAUACUAUUUCGUGUUCAUCACUCGUUAGGUGACGGUGUGGCAUUGAUGCGUUUGCUGUUGGAAGCUAUUGUCGAUAAAGAAGUACCAUCACGUUGGAAACACCUAUCUAAACUAAAAGUUAUGAAUAUAGACUACAUAUUAAAUCAUCAAAAAAUGGAAUAUAAUAAAAACUUCUGCAUCAAUGAAACGAUCUUCGAAAGGGCAUGGAAAGCUAUUCCAUCGCGCACAGCUCUCAUAAAUCAUCGUGAUCGAUUUGUGCGUAUUCUGGAAACUAUUUAUACAGCUCCAGCCUUUUUCCAUGAUGUAUCUCAACGUCAGGUGGACAACAAUUGCAUACAUGCACUGGAAAUGGCCAAUGAAAAAGUAGUCAGUUGGAUACACGAAGAGCACACCAGCAACACCCACUGGGUUGAGAUUAUUAAGCAAACUAAAAAACUAAUUCCGGGAACUAGGUUCUCUGAUAUCUUUCUUACUGCCUUGUCUUCUAGUUUACAUGCUUACUUUGAUAAUAAACCAGGCAAUCGACCUAAACACCUCACAGUGGUUCUCCCAGCAAGAAUAGAAAAGGAGUCACCACAUUUAAAGCUUCACAAUAGAUUUUCUGUAGGCCUUCAAACACUUCCAAUCACUUCCGGGAUACGGAGCAAUGAUCCAAAUCGGCAUUUUGCGCUUACAAACCGUAUUCUAGCAGUUAAGGGCUAUUCCGAUACCUUGCGAUCAUCAUCUGACUAUAUGAUCAACUAUUGGAUUAUGUCGAAAAUGACUUGCCUCUUCCCAGAUAAAAUUUUACGGAAGAUUCUUAAAAGCGCACAUAGUACCCUGGCAAUCUCGAACCUACCAGGACCACAGCAAAUGCCCCGCAUUCAGGGAAGAGAACUAAAAAAUCUUAGCUUUUUUAUCCCAAACUUAGGUACCACCGCCGUUGGAAUUACGCUUCUUACGUACGGUGGCAAGCUCCAGCUUGGAAUACUAGCGGAUCGUGCAGUGAUUAGCACAGAGGAAGAAGCCCACAGUAUUCUACAAGGAACAAUUGAAGAAAUCGAACGAAUGGGUCAACUAUUGACCGAAGUGUAGUGGAUAAGAAAUUUUUUAUGCGGAUAUCCCACCUUCAGCCAAAUUAGCGGUCAGAAGCGAGAACAAAGAAUGAUUUUAUCUUAGGUGAAACUUACGCAGCUUUUAUCUGAACCACGGUUUAAUGAGUCCCAAUUUUACUGAGUGUUGAUUUGUUGGAUGGGCGUUACCAUUAAUCAAAUUGAGAAGUUAAACGACUGAAGCAACAGGUUAUUAGAAUAUAGGUUUUCUAAGAAAACAUUUUCAAUAUAUGGAUAAUAUAGUGCGUAAAUUCA